AUGGAGGAACCAAAGCGGUUUUCCCAAAAGUCGCCAUCAAACUCAAAACACAUCACUCCAGUACAGUCCACACUCCACAGUGGCGCACGCGCAUUCCACACUCCAGUGCUUCGCUUCAGCGUGGAGCCCAAACCCUCGCCGCUGCCGGCCGCAACUUCGCGCCGCCGCGGGGCAGCGACCAAGCGCAAGGAGAGGGCCGCAUCCGCAGCGCCCUCCGGGUCCCCGCCACCGAAACGCCAGGCCCGGGAUUGCGGGCCCGUCGACCCGCCGUCCCUCCCGCCGCCUCAACCGCGCAGCCGCCAGCCGGCACGCAAGCCGCGGCGCAAGCCCGCACGCAAGAAAUCGACGCAGCGCUCCGUGAAGCCGCCGCCGCGCGCGCAGGAGGCGGAGGGUCCGCCGCUGCUGCCGCCGCCGUUGCCGCCACCACGGCCGUCGCUGGAGAAGGAGAUCGAGGCCGUUCUGUCCCGCGGCGCUGGCGUCCACGUCGUACCCACCUUCGCCGGUUUUCAGCGGUUUCAACAAGUUUUCAACGGCUCCUGCGCAAUGGUGUCCACACUGGCACAGUCGUCCUCUUCGUCGUGCUCGCCACCUGAAGCCAGACAUUACUACCGGCGUUCCAAACGCGCGAAGUUGCUUGAGAAGAUGUCGAGGCAUCAUGGACAGACGUCCAGCGACCGAGCCCAUUGGGGCCCCGAGGAGACGAAAAUUUUCCUGGACCUUUGCAUUGCUGAGAAGAACAAAAUGAACUUCAACCAGAAGGGCUUAACUAAUCUGGGAUGGAGAAAUGUGUACCACGGAUUCGCCACAGAAACUGGCCUUCAGUUGCCCAAUAAGAAGCUGCAGAACAAGCUAUCGGCCAUGCGGCGACAGUACUUCACCUGGCGCGACCGUACCACCCAUACAAGACUCGGACGUGACCCCCAAACUGGAGGUGUCACUACUGAUCCCAGCUUGUUCGAGGAAGAGGAAGAGGACAAUACUAAGGAAGGUGAGGAUCCCGGGGCGCCAUCAGAUUUCCUUGACGAACUGACCACUCUGUACGGGCACACCCCCAGAGAUAGGGGCACAAUGCUCAGUGCCGGUGGACACCAUGAGAGGACACCGACACGGAUGACCGAAGCCACUCCAGCAGCUAUGUCACAGGACUUCGUAGCUGGAUCCAGUGUUGGUCAGUCGUCCAAAAGGCGCACUAGGGACCAGGUGGUGGACAGCCCACAGAAAAAGAAGAGUGCCAGCUUGGAGGACUGCGUGAGAGACAUCUUAGACACUGUGAAAGAGAUGGCAUCGGGUGAUCAACAUCUCAGCCGGGAGGAAGUGGAGAUGGACCAAGUGCGUCAGAUUUUAGAACAAGAUGGUUUUCCAGAGGGGACCGAGGAGUUCCUGAAAGCCACAAUGAGCAGCACUGAACAUUCCGACGAACAGCCAAGCGCGAGCACAACUUCGAGUGAUGGCCCCAAGAAGAAAUUCAAGGCAAAAAUUGUCAAGUCGGCGGGUCUUGGAGCUGCUCUUGCUGCUGUGGCUUGUUCCAAGCAAGGUCCUGUGACGAAUCCUCAGUGCCCAUUCGAAGACAUGACCGGGCGACAAUGGGUGGAAGCAAAUUUGCAGAACAAACCUCGCAGCCCCAAGUGUGAAUCCAACAAUACACUGCAAUGGAGAGACAAUUCAGGUUAG